AUGCCAAUAUGUUCAACAUUAUUUAAAAAUUUUGAAAGAUUAAGUACACAUGAUUUAUCAUCCUAUGAACAACUUUCAUGUGAUACUAUAUUAACAUCAAUUCAUAAACAUUUAUCAAAUUUAUAUGACCUAUAUGAUGAAUAUUUUCGUACAUUAAAUGAUGUCAUUAAUAAGCUAGGGUUUAUAAAAAUCUGGCAUAUUACUUGGACAAAAACAACAAAAGAAUAUAGUGAAUUAUUUAUAAAUGAACAUGUUAAUAAAGAACAAGAAAUGAUUGAUCGAUUAUUAAUAAUAUCAUCAUCAGAUAGUAUUCUUAUUGAACCUGUUGAAGAAUUAUGUGAACGUAUUAAACAACCAUCAACAUUACCAUUAUUACUUGCACAUAUUGGCUUAUCACAUCGUUUAAUGAAUAAAAUGAUUUUGGAAUUUGCUGCAUCAAUACAACACUUAUAUCCUCACAAAGUUGCAUAUAGAGUUUCUGCCGUUUUUUUUUGUGCUGUAAUUAGUGCACAUUAUUUAGCUAAAGUUAAUAAAUGGAUCUUAUUAUUAAUGAAUAGUAUUGCACAAAGAAAGUCAAUACGUAUGGCUAUAUGGGGACUAAAUUGUCUUAUGUUAAGUACAUGUCCAUCGCAUAAAACUACUAAUGCAUUAUAA